UGAUGAUGAUAGUGAUGAUGGUGAUAGUGAUGAUGAUAGUGAUGAUGGUAUGAUGAUGAUGGUAUGAUGAUGAUGAUAGUGAUGACGAUAGUGAUGAUGGUAUGAUGAUGAUAGUGAUGAUGAUGGUGGUAGUGAUAAUGCGGAUGGUGGUGGUAGUGAUGAUCAUGAUGGUGAUGCUGAUGAUGUACCAAACUGUACCAAAUUAUUUUAGGCAAACAAGUUAUCAAAAGAAAUUUCAUUAGAUGACUCUGCCCUAUCCAAAAGUUUGGACAGUCAAACACUGGAAAAUUUUAAACAAAAUCACUGUUGGACUAAAGGUCAGAAUUUAAAUAUGAUUUCACUAAAACGAAAUUGUAGACUUGCAAACGUAAACUAUAUUGAACCUGUCUUUUUUCACAGGAGCAAAGGAAUUAUUUGAUUCUGGGUGUGGUGUAGUUUUUGGUGCGCACCCUUCUCAGAUUUCCCUAUUGUUCUUUCUUCAUUACUGUAAAUGCGCUGGUGGUGUCGAACCAAUCUUGGAAAGUAGUUAUGGCUCUGGCCAGGAAUGGAAAAUAAAGGUAGAACAGCCUGAGGGCAUUCAGCUACUCACAUUACCCAGGCUUUCAAAAUAAGGCUGGCGGGCGCCGGAGCUCCAGCGAAUGCCAUGAAGGUUACCGCAGGUUGCUUUGUUUAGUGCUUGAAAUAUCAAUUCUGCUCUCCUUCCUCCAAUCUAAGCUUUCAGACAAAGUUAUUUUUCCUCAACCUGCUCUACUUUAUAGACUGGUUAUUUUCAAAAACGACGUAGUAUUUCGUAAAACUGAUUUAGUUAUUCGCCAUCUUAAAUCUUGACGUUACCUUGUUGAAGAAUGAAAGUAGUGAUACAUUAUAUUUUACUUCCAGAGCUCAGUUGUGUUGCUAUCUAAUCAAUAUACACUGGUUAAUUUGGAUGAUUUUACGACUCCCAGCUGGACCGCUCCCCACAGCCACCUAGUGAUAAUUCUGAAAACUCUGCCUUACUAUAUAUCGAGUGUUACUACAGGAGGAAAUAAACAAAUUGUAUUUAAACUGGAUAGCUCUAUCUUGACAUCUUUAAAAUAUUCCACGUACUAUCCAAUGAAAUACUUCGACUCUCUCAACAACAGGAUGGCGCACAGACUAUUUCCCACCGACUCUUGCAAAAAAUUGGCGAGGAGAACGUGUGGCUCCAAGAGCCAGUGACAGAAAUAUCCCAGGUAACAUUGGUUAUUAUUCCACUUUCAUCGAGGUUUGAUGGUAGCCUGCGUGGCAGGCCCUCAAAUUUAUGGGGGGCCUGAUUUGCAGCGGGCAGGAUUUUGGCGGGCUGGAUUCAGUGGCUGGAUUCCUCCCCCGGAGCCCGCCAAAAUUCUGCCCGCUGCAAAUCAGGCCCCCCAUAAAUUUGAAGGCCUGCCACGCAGGCUAGGUUUGAUGGUUAAAACUGUUAUCAUAAAUAAAACAUUUUAGGACAACGACGAGAAGAUAGUUGUGACAACAGCGAGUGGAAAAAAGAAAAUCUCGAGUAAAUUCCUUGUGAUGGCCAUACCUCCUCAUCAGGCAUGUAAGUCAAGCAAUGAUCUUGGGCAUAAGCUACACACGUAAAAACACACAAGUUGUAACAAACUGCAGCAGACUUGUAGCAAUGCUGUUCCAACAACUUGUCAACAGGAUGUGCUCGCACUGCUUGUUGACAACUUGCUACAAGGUUGAUGAACUCAACAGACUUGUUACAAGUUGUUCCAACAACUUGUUAUCGUCCUGCAAUUCAACAAUAUGUCAACAAGUUGUGAGUGACAACCGUGUAGCAACUUGAUGAAAUAACAGCAUUGUUACAACUUGACAAGCUUGCCACAAGCCUGUUGCGAACACAUCUUACACAUCUCUCCUUGAAUUUAGAGACGAAGUUUAUUACAAAGUAGAAUUUACUAAUAUUUGUCCAUCAUACCAACUCGUUUAUAGUGAGGAUAAAUUUCACUCCUUGUUUGCCGUUCAAUAAAGAACAUUUAUUGCGUCACAUGCCUGUGGGUCACCUCAUCAAGUUCAUCGUCACAUACGCCACGCCAUUUUGGCGGGAAAAUGGUCUAUCUGGAGAAAUCGUGUCUUUUGAUGAUUUUAAGAUAUUUGAUAAACAUGCUUAUGAAAAUGGUGGUACGUUUUUGUUUCUUGAGUCUAAGAGUUAUCUUUUAUUGAUCCAGUGUUACUACAGGAGGAAACCUUAAUUAAACUAACUUUAUUUAUACUGGAUAGCUGUAUCACGUAUUUUAUUAUUUUUUAGUUUCAUCAGACGAAAAUGAAGACACUUCGUUCGUUGGUGAAGCUCCAGUGAGCUUAAUCUACGAUGCCACAUCAGCCAAUGGGAAUGCAGCAUUAGUCGGGUUCAUUUCCGGUGUCGCGGCAGCCCGAUGGACAAGUCAGUCGGUGAGAAAUUUUAUGAAUCAGAAACGAAUUUGCGUAAUGUCAUAAUCAAGCAUAUAAAAAUAUUUCUGUAGGAGGAAGAGCAAAAGACAGGAGUGACGAAGUUCUUAAAGAAAUUCUUUGGAAAACAAGCAGAAAGUUAUUUAGAUUUUGCUAUUAAGGUAAGGGAAAUGCCUUUCCUUUUCACCUGUCCAUCUCUCUAAUUAUUAUUGGUAUUUAUUUUACAUUAUUUAUCUUUUAUUAUUUUAUAUUGUAUAUUAACACAGAAAUAUUUUAUAUUGCAUAUUUUUACAGAAACUUAGUUAAACUAGAAGGUGAUCAUUCUUAAUAAGGGGGAUUUUCGAUGUGAUCUCAAUGUAUUCUUUACUUGCUCUCAAUAUAGGAUUGGUCUAAAGAAGUUUGGAAUGGUGGAUGUCCUGUGAACUAUACCACACCAGGAACCUUAUCUGUCUACGGAGACUGCUUGAAAGAUCCUUUUGGGAGGUAUCACAUUAUUCUCCAGUCCAAGUUGGCAUCAUCAAUCUUUCAUCUAACUAUCCACAGAUCUUUGCCAAAAAUGGACCUCAGAAUUAAAAUCUUCAUGCUCAAAUUAGUCUAUACCGAAAAUCUCAUGAUGUUUGGAUAUUCAGGACGAGAGUUACGGCGCUUUGAAAAAUGUUGUUCCACACUAUUCUUGAUGAGCUAUAGUUCUCCAGAGUCCACUCGACCCAGUCUUUCGCGCGAUCUAUGUAUUGUCGCGAUCUCGAUUUUGUGUCUGUCUGCAAAGAUGUUUUUCAGGGGAAAUAAUUGAAACUUCAGGACAUUUUUGUUACUAUAGAUUUGUAUGGAUUUUCCGCUACAAAUGCAUAGUAAAUACAAAAUUUUCAAAACGUCGUAACUCUCGCCCUGAAUGUCCGAACGUCAUGAAAGUUUUAGGCGUAGACUAAUUUGCGCAUGAAGAGUUUAAUUCUGAGGUCCAUUUCUGCCAAGUAUGAAGAUAAAAAAUCGAUAACGCGAACUUGGACUGGAGAAUAUGUUGUGAAAUUGACUUGAAGCACAAUUGCUACAAUUGACUUGAAGCUCCGUCUUUGUAUAAAGCUUGUGUGGUUAGCAUCCCAGGCAAGCUGGUUUUGGUAUUUUUUUGUCAAAUCCAGUAACCAAAUUAACCUAUCUUCUAUUUCCUCCCAGGAUUCAUUGGGCAGGCACAGAAACUGGGACAAUAUGGUCAGGUUUCAUGAACGGUGCGGUUCAAGCAGGUACACGAGCUGCUAACGAAGUACUGCAGAAACUUUAUCCUAACUUUAUCCCUAUCUAUCAAGACAAAGUCGUGACGAAGAUUUCUCAGAACUCUGGAAAGAAUUAUUGGAAUAUUGGAAUUUUAAGUACUUUGCUUCUUGUUGCAAUAUUCGUAGGAAUAGGGUGGUUUUAA